AUGGGACGAGCAACGAAGGCAAGACCAAGAACCAAAACUAAUGGCAAAGAUGGCGGUGUUCACGCGAUCGAUAAAAUGACAGGCGCCAAGUCCGGGCCACGAGUUUCGAAACGGCGUGGUGGCAAGAAGACCACGAAAAAGCCCGGAAAUAGGAGUGAUCCCAAGGGGAAAAUGUUCUCAGAGGACCAAGUGGUCUUUGAGGAAAAGGCGAAGAGAGAGAAGACCACUAAACCAACCUCGAAUCUAAUUCUCAUCAACGGUGAAAAUAAGAAUGAUUCAUUUAACCUGAGAAAUGAAGUCUUCGUGAGACGCAGAGGUGGAUUGGUGUUAAGUUGGACUGGUUUAAGAGUUGAGAUUCCCCAGGGUGCUAUGAUUGGACCGAGGAAUCGUCUUAUUUCAGCUUAUUUACCACCUCCAAUUAGGGCUUAUGCAUGCCCCUGGUUGGGACCUAAUUUGAGACUGGGAAGUGAGAUCCAUGUAGUGUGGAGUCCUGUCAAACUUAGAAAGCCAGUUCAGAUAUUUAUUCCCUUUUCCCAUGCUGCUGUUUUGGAAAUGACCACGCCAGAAGCCACAAAGAUGGCGGAAGAGGCCUAUAUUGAAAAAGUUAAGGCCGCUCGAGAAGCGGUAAAGGAGGAUGCCCAAGAUCCAAACGAUACUGCUUCCCCAGAUGCAACAGAACAGCUCUAUAAAGGCAAGCUUAACGAGGUUUUGCCAUUUACAAACAAAGCCAAGGGUACACCUGAGGUUGCCAAAAGCGCAAAUGAGAGUCCAACAACUAAAGGACCUCAACAAGCUGCCAACCGAAAGCCAGUGGAGGAAAUCGAUAAGCAGAAGAGGGAGAGGAGGAGGGGCAACCUGGAACGCAAAUCUGUCAAUUACACCAACGUUGGUGUACCCCUGCUCGAUACUCGUUGUGUCUACGUUCUUCAAUCAAAAAUUGGGGAUGAUUUCUGGACUAUCAAGAAGGGUGUUGAGAUAAUUCAACCAACGAUUCAUUACAGUGAAUGGCCCAAUAACAUGAGAGAAAAAGCUUAUCAGGCUGGUCGAUUUAGUGAAGACGCUCGAUUUAAAUCUAACCCAACUUCUGCCUCAUCCCCUGUUAUCAAGAGUUCAAGCGCUAAAAAACGAACGCACAGGCGGAACUCCACAUCUAACGACAUUGAACAAGUGAUGCGUUUAGCUCGAGAUGGAGUAUCGAGCCUUGAAGUUACAAAAAAGUCUGCCGCCUUCAGUGGAGGAGUUAGUUUCAGCGUAAAUGAUUUGAACCACUUUCUAGUAAUUGUAAUCGGAACACCCUCAGAAACAGUCGCCUUUGGUAAAGAUGGAGGAUUACUUAGAUCACCGAUACUCCAUCCCUUUUUUAGUGCUCGAGUUCCAAAAUUAGCUCUUAAGGAGACUCUGACGUCAACCUUUAAGGCAGUUCAGGUGCGGAAGGAUCUUAUGGAAUCAAUUCAACAUUUUGACAAUCAGUUGACAGACAUUAAUGAGUGCUCGAAUAUCUAUGAAUUGGAUCUUGGAAAUAAACCCUUUGAAAGACCUGUAACGCUUACUCUUCCCCUUCCACAAUGGUACACGAAAAUGAUGGAAGGACGUCAGGUCUCUCAACAGUCAACGGGUGUGGGAGGUGUUGAGCAGGCAGAAGAGAGUGAACUCCAGACGGGAAAUAUGAGCCUCACUACGAGUCAAUUUCAUGAUCGCAUUUCGAAGGCUGUAGAUAUAGAAAAUAGGAAGGAAAGUACUCAGAUGAACCUGAACCAAGAAACGCCUUUCGAGGAGAGACCGAAAAACCUCGUUCUUCUUUACCAGCGACCCUUUAUGAAACGCCAUUUAGUAUGGAGAGCAUGUAGCGGGGAUACCAACAGUGAUAACAUGAGCACAAAACGACAGAACAAAACGGGACCCUAUCGUGAUGUGGUAAUCACGCCUAUGCUACGUGGAGACAACAUGAACUCCAAAAAUGGAUGGAUUCAUCUGUUACUGGGCUUGAAAGGUGCCCCAUGGAAGGAUAUACCCGUGACUGGGCCUUUCACACCACGAUGUCUGCAAGUUAAUACCUAUCAACUUGGCCGUUUUGCAAUGGUUUGCUCCAACGAGGCAUCACGAAUCCCCUCCUCCAGAGUGGCUCACUUAAUGUCGCGCAUGGAAGCUCUGAGUGUAGCUCCACCUGGAGUUCUCGUGCCUUGUCUUCGCGCAGAUCCCACACAACUACAACUCUCCAUUGACUGCGUGCCAGCCACAAAGCUAAUCUCUUACUUGGAGGAAAAACUUGCAGUCGGAUUCAUUCCUCUCAUUCAGAGCUCAGCCAGUCUCUCCAGACGCUGUUCUGCAGUGGCGAACUCAGCCUAUCAACGACUAAUCAAACUUCAGGCGGAAACCCAAUCAACCAAGGCACCAGUUCUAACAUUUGGCACAUCUAGAUAUCGACUGAGUGGUUACGACCUUCUACGAGUUCUCCUUUAUAACGGCCUCUGCAUUCGUGUAGUUGUAAAGGGUAAUGUUCAACUCAAAACAAAGGGGAUAUUUGACUGUCUAACAGGCCUAUUGGAGGGUAAAAAGGCAUUGGAAGACCAGCAGCAGACUGAGGCAAGGGACGAAGAAUUGGAAGAACUUGAAUAUCUUCGCUCCAGAGCUGAAGCCGCAAUGGCCGUGGCCGAUUUCUCUACUAUUCUGACUGGGAAGGCGCAAAAGAAGGAUUCUAUGGAAGAUCGCAAUGUACCCGGAUUGGAACAGUUCAUUACAGCUCAAGAGACUCGCUUCUCCUUCCAUGACCUUAUCACUGAUACUGCCACGGUUAUUGAUUUGGAACCUCUGAAGGAGAGUAUAGAGCAGAGGACUAUACGAACAAAUCGAAAGUAUGUCUUUGCAUGUUAUUGA